UACAUGAAAAGAGCCUCAAGGAAAGUUCUUUGCUCGUUGUUGUUUUUGAUAGUCGUGUUUGGCUUUUCAAAUGGGUUUUAUUUGCCUGGAGUUGCUCCAACAGACUACCCUGAAGGCGCAGAACUUCAAGUUUUCGCUAAUAAACUCACUUCAGCAAGAAGCAACGUUCCUUAUGACUUUUACUUUUUGCCUUUCUGUGAACCUACUGAGGAGAAGGAGAAAACCCUAAAUAUUGGACAACUUUUCUUAGGGGAACGUGCUAAGAGUACUGCCUUUGAGAUAAGCAUGUUGAAGAACGAAGACUGUAAAGUCUUGUGUGAGAAACUUCUUGAACAAAGGGAUAUUGCUCGUCUUAAACGUCUUGUGAAGAGGGAGUAUAGGGCAAGACUUAAUUUGGAUAACAUGCCUCUAGUUGUCAAGAAGCAGACUCCUUCUGGUGAGAAUGUUUAUCAGUUUGGAUAUCAAAUAGGGUUUCGAGAGGACAAGAAAAUUUACGUGAACAAUCAUCUACGGCUUAAAAUUUUGUAUCAUAGGCCGUCAUCGAUGGUUUCCUCUGAUCUUCAGGACGUUUAUAGAGUUGUUGGGUUUGAAGUAGAGCCUGUGUCAAUGACGCACAGGGACAACCCGGGAAGUGCAGGUUUUUGUCCUUUAUCCCCAGAACCGUUUGAGGCUUUAGUUGGGAAACGAAUGUACUAUACUUAUGAUAUUGUGUUUGAGGAAAGCCCAAUUCGAUGGGCAACUAGAUGGGAUCCUCUUUUGAGUGCCACUGAAGAACAGAAACAGAUUCAGUGGUUCUCUAUUAUCAAUUCGUUACUGAUCACUUUGUUUCUUUCUGGAAUGGUCGCUAUGAUAUUGUUUCGAACAAUUCACAAAGACUUUAUGCGUUAUAAUCAACUUUCAGACGAUGAAGACUUUCAGGAGGAAGUAGGAUGGAAAUUGUUACACGGGGAUGUGUUUCGACCUCCACCGUAUUCCUCUGUAUUAUGUAUUCUUGUUGGGAAUGGAGCACAAGUUCUUGUAAUCGCGAUCAUUACUUUGCUUUUUGCAUUGUUUGGUUUCCUGUCACCAGCUAAUCGUGGUGCAUUGUUAAGCUGUAUGGUGGCAUUAUGGGUCUUGACCAGCGCAGUUGCAGGAUAUUCUUCUGCAAGGCUAUACAAAUCACUUGGAGGGAUCUUUGUUAAAAGAGUGGUGUUAGGAACUGCUCUCAUUUUUCCAGGAUGUGUUUUCUCAGUAUUUUUUAUCUUGAAUUUUCUUAUUUGGUUGUCACAGUCCCAUGUUUCAGUGCCUUUUUCAACUCUAGUUCUUUUAUUGUUCCUUUGGUUUGGUAUCUCGAUCCCUUUGGCAAUAACCGGUGCAUAUAUUGGCUUAAGGAGAACCUGUUAUACUUUUCCCUGUCGUACUAACCAGAUUCCGAGAAAGAUUCCUCCACAACCCUGGUACAGCGGGGCAGUCUUCACUUGUUUGAUUGGAGGAAUUCUUCCUUUUGGCUCCGUUUUUAUUCAGCUGGUAUUUAUAUUGGGCAGUCUUUGGCAGAAUCAAAUCUAUUACAUGUUUGGCUUUUUGUCAGCAGUUUUUAUUGUGUUUAUGAUAACUUCCAUGGAGAUCAGUGUAGUUCUUUGUUAUCUAAAGUUGUGCAGUGAAGACUACCGUUGGUGGUUUUACUCAUUCUUUUGUGCGGGUUCUUCUGGGUUAUAUGUGUUUCUAUAUAGCAUAUUUUAUCUUUUGACUCAACCAGAGUUCGAGGGAAUCGAUUUGUUAUCAGUAUUAGUGUAUGUAGGAUACAUGGUCAUUGCAUCUAUUUCGUUUACAUUGGUUGCCGGCUUUCUUGGUUUUCGUUGUUGCUUUUGGUUCACUCGAAAGAUAUACUCUUCUAUUCGUGUUGACUAAAAUACAAGUUGCCAGUAAAUGUGAAGUUGUGUCUAUUUUUGGAUGCUCCAUUAGCAUUUUAAUAUAAACACUAUUAAAAUAUCAAGUAACAUUUCA